CCUUGCUAGCUACUCUCGGCACCCGCAGCAACCAGCCAGUGAUCAACCGACCGAGAUCGAGACAGAGACAGAACAGAGAGCAGAGCAGCUAGAGCCGCAGAGAUGGUGAAGAUUCCGAGCCCGAGGAGUCUGUUCCGGAGCCGCUCCAGGAGCACCAGCAGCGGCGGCGCGGACAUCUGCGCCAUGGUCGCCGAGCACGAGAAGAUCGAAUGGGAGGUGCGGCCGGGCGGGAUGCUGGUGCAGAAGAGGCGGUCGCCGGAGGAGGACGCGGCGGCAGUGGAGGCCAUCCUGGUGAGGGUCUCCACCGGGUGGCAGUGGCACGACGUCUCCAUCGACGCCACGGCAACCUUCGGCGACCUGAAGGUGAUGCUGUCACUAGCGACCGGCCUGUGGCCCAGAGAGCAGAGGCUGCUGUACAGGGGGAAGGAGAGGGACGACUGCGAGCACCUGCACAUGGUGGGCGUCCAGGACAAGGACAAGGUGCUGCUCCUGGAAGACCCAGCCGUCAAGGAGAGGAAGCUCAGGUCGACCACCUUGGCGCAGCUCAUGGGGGUGCCCUGCCACUCCUUCAUCCAAGUGUAGAGAUCCCCUGAAUUUUCGUGCCCGCUUUCUUCUUCUUUCAGUUUGUUUGCGUGAGCGACAGAGCGAAGCUUUCAGCUCAGUCUGACUGCAAUGUUCAGAGCCUGCUGAGUUUGAGGGCUUGAAUUCGACCAAUCGAUCGAGACAUUUGCAACAUAGGAUCGAUAUAAAAUUCCAAAAACACAUGCUGUAAAUUACUGUGAAAGGUUUAAUCGCAGCUUAGUGUUUGUGCUAAUUCUCUGUAUAUAUUCUUUUGUUGAUAUCGGCAAUACA